CACACUCUCUCUCCAUCUCUCUCUCUCUCAGUACUGUUUUAAAGUCUCUGCCAGACUUGGGGGCUCACACGUUAUUUCCUGGACGGACGGACGGAGGAAUGGAAAGCUUCCAGCUCCACCUCUCCAUCACCGACACCAACACCGACUCUUCCCUCUCUGUGAGCCCGACCAGCGCUGCUGCCUCCACCGCCUCCACCACCGCCGCCGCAGCAGCUGCAGGAGCGACGACGCGCUGCUAGUCUCCUCCACUAAACCCUUAAUAGAACCACCGCCAGCAUCCGAGUGUGUUAUGCUCAUAUCCGGGGAUAUCAUCAUCGUGGGGAUUUGGGGACGGAAAGACUCUUCACUGGACCUCUGAACAUCUCCCUCUCCUCUCCGCCCUCCAUCCAUCCAUCCAUCCACCUGCCGCUCCACCGUGCGCCCGGUCAGUCUCCGUCUCCGUCUCCGUCUGCGCCGCUGCUGCUUUUUACGCAGCGAAGGCGUCGCUGAUUUUGGCCGCAAAAAAGAGAAGGGAGAAACUCAACAGUUGUUGUUUGUGUGCAUGUCGACGUGCACAUCACUACCAUGUGGAGGCUACUGCGAUCGUGUUGUUGCUGCUGGUGGAUUUUCUCUCUCGUCCUGCCUGCCUUCCAUCUCCUCUGGGCCGACUGUCAUCCUGCGCUGACAGGAAGCCAAGCCGAGUCCCAAGCCCCUAUCCAAGGCCUAGACAGAGCCACGGUCGACGGGACGCGACUCCGGAGAGCCACCACCGAGGAGACCUACUGGGCCUACUCAGGUAUAUACGGGCCAGAUGAAGGCUGGUCAUCAGCCUACCCAGCAUGCAGAGAGAGAAACCAGUCACCAGUCAACAUAGUGGACCAGGAUACCAAAGUGUCCACAGAGUAUCAGGAACUGACGCUGGAGGGCUUUGAUAGCGAAUCCUCUAAUAAGACGUCGAUGAAGAACACCGGCAAAACAGUGGCCAUUAUGUUGAAGGAUGACUACUUUGUACGGGGAGCAGGCCUACCGGGGAGGUUUAAGGCAGAAAAAGUGGAGUUUCAUUGGGGUCCCAACAACGGAUCUGAAGGCUCUGAGCACAGCAUUAACGGCCACCGUUACCCCGUGGAGAUGCAGAUCUACAUGUACAACUCCGAUGACUUUGAUAGCCUCAGUGCAGCUCUCAGGGAGAAGAGGAGCAUCGCAGCCAUGGCCGUGUUUUUUCAGGUGGGAGGGAAGGACAAUCCAGCUGUCGACCCCAUAAUCCACGGCCUGAAGGGUGUGGUCCAUCAUGAAAAAGAGACUGUCCUGGCGCCGUUCGUGCUGAAGGACCUGCUACCGUCCGCGCUGGGGAGUUACUACCGCUACACCGGCUCUCUGACCACGCCGCCAUGCAGCAAGGUGGUGGAGUGGAUCAUCUUCAGCAGACCCAUCUAUGUCUCCUACAAACAGCUGGAGGCUUUCUACUCGAUCUUCACCACAGAGCAGCAGGACCACGUGAAGUCGGUGGAGUAUCUGCGCAGCAACUUCAGGCCCAUCCAGAGUUUGGACAACCGCCACGUUUUCAAGUCGGCGAUCAAAGACGCCUGGCUGCCCGACCUGACUGACAGCGGCGGAGGCGGCGGGCCGUAUGGCACGGAGGCUUCCAAAGUGUGCAGCAGCGCUCCCAUCAACAUGAAGGUGCAGCAUGUCAACGGCAGCGCUCUGGUGGUGCGCUGGGCUCGUCCGGAGUUCACCUACCACCCGCCCAUCCUCCACUUCCUGGUGUCCUACAGCUGGACGACCCACGAUGACAGCUACGAGGAGACACACCUCACCGACGCCAAACACAAACUGGAGGCCGUCAUCACUCCCGUCUCCCACGAUGUGCUGUACCUGUUUAGAGUCCAGAGCAUCUGCACGAAUGACAUGCGCAGUGACUUCAGCCAGAGCAUGCUCUUCAGAGCAAACACCACCAGGAUCUUUGAGGGGACGCGGAUCGUGAAAACUGGAAUGCCGACGGUGUCUCCGGCCUCCUCAGCCGACAUGGCUCCCAUCUCCUCUGGCUCCUCUACUUGGACCUCCUCAGGCAUCCCCUUCUCCUUCGUCUCUAUGGCGACAGGAAUCGGCCCGUCCUCCAGCGGUAGUCAGGCAACCGUGGCGUCCGUGGUGACCAGUACAUUACUAGCCGGCCUGGGCUUCAGCGGCGGUGUUAUCUCCUCCUUCCCCAGCUCCGUUUGGCCGAGCAGAGCACCAACCCGUAAUCCCACCUCCGCACGCCACGCCUCUGAACCCACCGGGCCCGCCAAAGACGCCACCGCUUCCGCUUCUGCCGCCACGACGGCCGCAGCCAAGGAUAACAGUGAAGCUGGGGGUGAGGAUAAAGAGAACGGCACGGGUCAAGGAGAGGAUGGAGAGAGGGAAGGAGAGGAUAAGGAUGAAGAGGAGGAAGAAGAAGAGAAAGAGGAGAGGAAGGAGAGGAAGGGAUCAGGAGGUGCGGGCGAGGGAGGGAGGAAGGAAGGCAGGACGGCGGUGAAAGAGACGCCCGGCGAGACACCGGAUUCUACUGCAAAGGAGAAAGAACCAGAUCCAACUAGCACGGCACCUGUAGAAGACCAUCUGGAGGGAUUUACCCACAAUCCACUUGAGUCCAGCUCCACAAGCACCACAGAGGCAGCCGAUGAAACGACAGAACUCGCUGCUCCCAAGGACCCGGCAGCGACACUCAGACCCAGCUCAGGGAGGGACAAGCAGCCCUGGCCUUUCUCCAUCCACACUGAUGCAACUGCCGUGACCAACCUGACCCACCAGACCAGGCCCGGGUCUGGGGCGGGGCUGGGCCAUGGGGAGUGGCUGGUACCUUUGGUGGUGGUUUCAGCUCUGACUUUCCUCUGCCUCGUUCUCCUGCUGGCUGUGCUCGUCUACUGGAGGAUGAACACGUUCUGCUCUCUGCUCUGUAUCAAAUACAGGCGCUGUUUCCAGACAGCCCACUUCUAUGUGGAAGACAGCAGUUCACCCAGGGUGGUCCCCAAUGAGACGAGCCCCGUCACCCCCAUCCCAGAUGACCUGGAGGCCAUUCCAGUCAAGCAGUUCAUCAAACACAUCUCUGAACUCUACUCAAACAACCAACAUGGAUUCUCUCAAGAUUUUGAGGAGGUUCAACGGUGCACUGCUGAUAUGAAGAUCACGUCAGAGCACUCCAACCAUCCAGACAACAAGCACAAGAACAGAUACAUCAACAUCGUGGCCUACGACCACAGCAGGGUGAAGCUGAGGCCGCUGGCCACGAAGGACUCCAAACACGCCGACUACAUCAACGCCAACUAUGUGGACGGUUAUAAUAAGCCCAGAGCUUACAUCGCAGCCCAGGGACCUCUCAAGUCCACCUUUGAAGACUUUUGGCGGAUGGUGUGGGAGCAAAACACCUGCGUCAUCGUGAUGAUCACCAACCUAGUAGAGAAAGGCCGGAGAAAAUGUGACCAGUACUGGCCAACGGAGAACAGCGAAGAGUACGGCAGCUUGGUAGUCACACUGAAAAGCACUAAAGUCCACGCCUGCUACACUGUCCGCCGCUUCACAUUGAACAACAUUAUAGUCAAAAAGGGUGGGAAGGGGAACAAUAAGGCGCGGGCUCAGAGUGAACGAACGGUGCUCCAGUAUCAUUACACCCAGUGGCCCGACAUGGGUGUCCCCGAGUACACCCUGCCCGUCCUCACCUUUGUCCGCAGGUCCUCAGCCGCCCAGAUGCCUGACAUGGGACCAAUGCUUGUCCACUGCAGUGCCGGAGUGGGUCGGACGGGGACGUACAUCGCCGUAGACAGCAUGCUGCAGCAGAUCAAACACAAGAGCACAGUCAAUGUACUCGGCUUCCUCAAACACAUCCGCACCCAACGAAACUACCUGGUCCAGACCGAGGAGCAGUACAUCUUCAUCCACGAUGCCUUGAUGGAAGCCAUUUUGGGGAAGGAGACAGAAGUGGCAGCCAGCCAGCUUCACAGCUACUUCAACAGCAUCACGACACCGGGACACAGCGGCCGGACACAUCUGGAGAAACAGUUCAAGUUGGUAACUCAGUGUAAUGCCAGAUUCAUGGAAUGCUUCAACGCUCAGAAGGAGUGCAACAAAGAGAAGAAUCGAAACUCCUCCGUGGUGCCGUCGGAGCGAGCGAGGGUCGGCCUAGCACCUCUGCCCGGCAUCAAAGGCACCGAUUACAUCAAUGCCUCCUACAUCAUGGGUUACUACCGGAGUAAUGAGUUCAUCAUUACCCAGCAUCCUCUGCCCCACACCACAAAAGACUUCUGGAGAAUGAUCUGGGACCACAAUGCACAAAUUAUUGUUAUGCUGCCUGCCAACCAUGGACUGGCAGAGGAUGAGUUUGUAUACUGGCCCAGUCAGGAGGAGGCCAUGAACUGCGAGUCGUUCACCGUCACCCUCAUCAGUAAAGACCGACUCUGUCUGUCCAACGAGGAGCAGAUCAGCAUCCACGACUUCAUCCUGGAAGCUACACAGGAUGAUUAUGUUUUAGAGGUCCGUCACUUUCAGUGCCCCAAGUGGCCGAAGCCUGACGCACCCAUCAGCAGCACCUUUGAGCUCAUCAACGUCAUUAAAGAGGAGGCAGCCACCCGCGAUGGACCGACCAUCAUCCACGACGAGUUGGGAGCAGUGUCAGCCGGCAUGCUGUGUGCCCUCACCACACUGUCUGAGCAGCUGGAGAGCGAGGGCGCCGCCGACGUCUACCAAGUGGCCAAGAUGAUCAACCUCAUGAGGCCAGGAGUCUUCACAGACAUUGACCAGUACCAGUACCUAUACAAAGCUCUGCUCAGCCUCGCCAGCACCAAGGAGAGCGCCUCGUGUAUUCUGACCAGGGACAUUAACGGGACCGUGGCGUCCAUGUCCGACCGGUGCGACCAGGCAGAGAGCAUGGAGUCACUGGUUUGAGAGAGGCCCUCCGGGGGCCCCGGAGCUGAGCCUGGCUGAGGGCGUCUCAGGGGGGUUCCAAACACCCCCGCGAGGUCUCUGAGCCCCACAAAGGAGGCACUUAACUUUGUAAACCGUCAAAGGAACUAUUGUGAACAAGACUUUUUGAGGCCUUUUUGCCAGACUCUUGGUUAAAAUGAAUAACCUGAUUACUUUUUUACACUGAUAAAAGUUUUUGAUAUUUAUUUUUUUUGCCAUUUUAUGUCUUAAUGUUCUCCUACUGAAGGGUUUGCACCUGCGUUUUUGAGUUUCAUGACGGCGUCGGUAGGCAACGAGAAACACUUUUUCUGUCUUUUCUUGUUUGCACUAUAUAAUGUCAGUGUUACUGCCUAUACUAAAGCUGACUCACUUGGCUUUUCUCCACUCCCGCUCGGAUUUUACUUUUUGACAUUCCAUUUCUUUGGCCCUUAUUAAAUCAACUGCUUCUGUGAAGGACGUUUCUGCCUGCCACCUGCCAGUUGAUUUACGACAGUGGACGGAGGAAGGCCUCAGCUCAGUGUGACCCCCCCCCCCCAACACAUCUAUAGUACUCAUAGUAGCACUCAUUUAUCACAAGUAAAGCUUGUUUUUUAAAAGUAGUUUCUUCUUCACCGUUUUUCUUUUCUUUUUUGGUUUCUUGUCACUCUCCCUCUUAUUAGCGAGUCACACUCAUGUUACCUAAGGUGGUGUAAUAACUGCUACUGUGAAAUUUUAUUAUUAUUUCUUUGUAUAAUUCAUAUUAUGCUUUUUAAUAUAUGGAAAUACUGUAUGUAUACAUAUAUAAAUAUAUCCUUAUCAUAAUAACUUUGUGAUUUUUGUACAUGUCCUUUGUGGCGUCCCGCCUCAGGCCGCUUGAUUUCCGCCGCGUCCGAUAGUUUCCCUCCAGAACUCGCCCUGAUUCACAGCCAUCUGGAAGCGGACUCCCUCGGUCCUCUACGGUCCCGUAUGCUGCUAUGUCAUCUGAACUCACGCACUCUCAAUACACACAUACAAACAUUACCCAUCUCUUUGAAAAUCCCCCUUUCUUUAAAGAGUUUUCUUUUUGUUCUGUCCUGAAUUCGUUGUGACAGACGAGCACGGAUUAAGCAACACUGAGCCCUCGGUUCCUCACAUGCACGCCUGUGUGUGUCAUACAGGGUUGAAUCGGUAUAGGAUCUGCAGGGGGGGGGGCGGCAGACUCUAAAACAAGCUCUAUGCAACACGUUGGUUAGGUUUAGGAAUCUGAAACAGGGUUUAAAACAGUACCUGGUUCUCAGUGUUAGUCUCCCAGCAGUGGGUGUACAUUUUAAAAUGUUUUAAUCUUCAGUUUAUUUGCUCUUAUGUCGUCUGGACAGAGUAAAAACUGCGAAAUAACCCUCUUCUUCUGCUUUAACGGGUCUUUAGGUUGUUAACAUAAUAUAUAUAUAUAGUACGUCUUUGAUAGUGGCACGAGGUGUAGGAAUGGAGAAUCAGACAAGAAAUAUUUUUCCAAAAGAUCUCCCUUAAAGGGGACAUAUCAUGAAAAAUUCUCUUAGUCAGUGCUCGUGCACAUCCAUCUGGGUACCUGGAGUUCCUACCAACCCACAAACUGUGAAAUAAGACAACCCAGUCAGUUUAUUGUGGGCUGUCUAGAACAGAAAACAUGGGAUUCAAUCAGCCAAUCACAUUCGGCUCCCCUUCCUAUGUCACAAGCAGCUCAUUCGAAUAUACCACACCCCCCAUCUGAGUAUCUCCCCUCACGGCUUGAGAACUACGUUUGCAAAUGUGCACCAAAUUUUUCUCUAAGCCAAUCAGAGCAGACUGGGCUUCUUUGGGGGGCUUAAAGAGGCAGGCGCUAAAACGGAUUGUACAAUGAACCUGGAAAUGAGCCUGAUAUGUCCCCUUUAAUUCACAAACUGGAAGCCUAAAGCCGGCGCUUUGACUACCAUAACUGUAUUUGUGAUGUAUUCUCUGAUGAAUCGCAACAAGCUGCUCCAUUUUCAUAGGGUUGGUUAUGAGGAGCUGGAGUUUGUUAAGAAACAUGCUUUUUGAUUCUACUUAUCUGCUAUUGGUGACAUCAUCUUCAUCUGCCACGUAUACUGUUUACAGAAUGGAUGGACGGAGGAGAGUUAAUGCUCAGGUGUGGCUACAUUUCACAAAAGACUGUAGUGAUACGGUAACAUGUCAUUCAUAAUGUCCCAGAAUCAACUGAUGCUGUUGUGUCUCAAGUCAAGUGAGUAAAAGUGGUAAUCAUCAUCAUCAUCAUCAUCAUCAUUCAUGUUACAUUAUUGUAAAUGGCAGCUUUAAAUGUGUUGAAAGUAAAGGUGGGUUUGAGCUUUUCUAUGUGACAAGAAUGUGAAAAGGGAUUUGAUCAGAAAUGUAAUCGUUAGCAGAUCAUUCAUUUAACUUCAAGCAGUACCAUUAAAUACCAGUAGUACCAGUAACAUUACUCCUCUGUCAUACUUGAAGGAUCAGUUGGCUGUUUUUCUAUUUCAGUGUUAUUGUUGACAAGUUAAAAGACCAAAACCAAGAUGUUAGUCCGUCUCCCCGACCCUGUCUGUGGCAUGUUUAGUUCUACAUUAGGUUGUCUUAUUUUAUGUGAUGUCUUAAGACAUAUAACACUAGCACUAACAGUGGGGCACUGUAGUUUUUGUAGACGCUACUCAAACAGGUGGAAAUGGUACAGUUGUUGGGGAUAUUUGAAGCUGCUGUAUUGAAACACAUUGAGCAGACUUUGGCUACACAGACAAACGUAUUAGUAGCAUCAAUUCAUUGGUGGCUUUGGUCUUUUCUUUUGGAUUUGUUGAUAAUAAGACAUUUAUAGAAUAUUGACAGCCGUAUCCUUUGAAUUAUAACUAAUCUGGCAUCAACUGCCAAGUCACACACUAUACUCAUUGACCAGAGGCCUGUACUACGAAGCAAGAUUUAGGGUCAGCGAGGUAACUUCAGGGUUAACCCUUCAGGGUUUUCAGUCCUUUGACGGGGGAUCACUUCUUACCGGGGUAGAUCGCCACGGUAACUUAUGCUGAGCUCCUGACCUCCUGAUGGGAUGCAGCUGAAAAAAGGUUGAAAUAGUUUCAACAGUUUCAGUGUUUCAUUAAAUUAAUAAGUCUGUUAAUUUACGCAUUCACACAUCGGCAGUUUUUUCUUUUGCCAGUUGUUCUUCCUGCUUUUGGCAGCUUCAACUGUGUUACUUUUUGUCUGGAUUAUGUGUUUAACUUCUUCGUAUUUGUCUAAGAUAGUUCGCUCUUGGUUUGUAAAACGUGCCGCUCUGCCUGUCUGUCUGCUGACAGUAGACUUGUCCAUGAGUUGAUAACCAGCGUCGUAGGACCGCUUAGUGUGGUCUCGUUUGUUAGGAUUAAUGAAGCCAGAUAAUGAGAGGAUACCCUGGGUAUGUUGGAACUCACUUCGUAGUACAGACCUCUGAUGGCCUGACAAACUGCUGCUCUUCUCAUUAAUCCAGCCAGAAACACUCAGAGACACAUCGCUGUCUACCUUUACACAGGUGCUUUUAUCACCACUUUCAUCUGAUUCACAAACUGGAAAGCAAGCGCUCUCUUUAGCAAUUGGUGUCUAUACUGUGUUUUAUUAAAGUGACUGACUAUAGUGAAAACAGAAAAGGUGGAGGUCCGCUCCAGAUCCGUGCUCGCUGACAGACGUGUGAUGACCCGCUCCGACCUCCCAAGGCCUUGUGUACAUAGUUUCCGUUCCUCACUGACCUUUUCUCCAGAGACGUAUUUUUUAGUAGUUUUGUGGCCUACAAGCAAAGAGCAGUCUGAGAUGUUCCCUGCUUUAGCUGCAGAAUAACCUCUUACAUACACACACACACACACAUACACACACAUAUUUCCACACUUACACGUUUCUGUGACAUGAGGAUGUUCUGAUUCAGCCACUGAUUUUGAUGAUAUGCUGUAUCGUCGACGGCGUGAAAAUGAACACUUGUGGUUUAUUUGCAUUUUGAAAGAAAAUGUGAAAGCGAUUUUUUUUUUUCCACACAGCACAAAACAGUUAAUGUGAGAGGGGCAAAUGAUCUUUUAACAAAACUUUUACCAAAGACUCGAAUCCUUCCCGUGCAGAAAAAAGAUGUUGGGCGAGCCUUUCUCUCUCCUGACUGGAUGCCCAACCUUCACACUAUAUCUGUAUUAUAUACCGGUGCCCUUACACAUAACUGGCUUCAAAGUCUCACUUUAGUAUCUGUCUGCUUUAACUUCAGCAUCAAAAAUCCUUCCAUGCAGUUCUUGUUGCACGCCAUCAUCAGGGAUACAGAGAUGCAUCAGUAGAUGAGCUGAGCAGACAGUGUGGAAUGAGGCCGUAUGUAUAUAUAUAUAUGGCCUAACUCUGUUAGGGAAACAUCUACAUGUUCUGCUUCUGGGGCUUUUCUUUCAUUGGUUCGGUGAAAUACACCCUUUGCCUAAGUGCUUGGUCACAAUCCUCGAAAAAAUUGGUGAGAUACUGUCACUGCUGAGCUAACUUUUAACACGCCAGCAAGCCGAUAAUGUGCUAAACAUUCAAAGUAGCUUGCCCUACUAGUUGGGAAAAGCUAAUAUGAUAGCUGCCUCUAAGCUUAGCACUGCGUGGAUCAGCAGGUCAAAUGUGCCGAUCGAGUGAAAUGAAUUGAUUUGUGAAAUGUGACCGGGCCUUUCAGAUGCUCAUUCAAUCUUUUUGUUUUUUGUUCUGUCCCCAUAUUCAAGCAAUUCUGAUCACUGUGAUCAUUCUGAAUGAAACGUGUUGCCACAAGUGAACACGCAGCUGUACUGUCAUUAAGAAAUGUUCAUAUACAGUAUGUAGUUGCCUCUGUAACCCAGCCCUUCUCUGGAAACUGUGUAUGUAUUGACUGUAUUUUAAAAUUCCAUCAUUCAAAUUUUCCAUAUUUCUUUUUGGUCCAUGGCUUUAUUUUAUUUUUUUUACCCAAAAUUGAUUAUUUUACCAACUCUUGAUGUAACAAAUAGCUACCACAAAGCUCUCACUAUGUUUCCAAUCUGAAACAGAAUGAAAUGUCUGGUCUAUAAUCACCAAUAUUUUCAAUCUGUUCCCUCCAUUAGAAUUCAGUCACGGCGUCGCCAAGUGUCUGUGCGUCAUCGUCACACGCCCUCCAUUAAUGUUCAGGCAGUGAUUGUGAUAUUACGAUCUUUGGAUCUUUUUUGCUCUUGCUUUUUCGUCCUCUGGAGGCUAGGACUCUGUUGCCAGGCGUGAACAGUACAAUAGCUCUCUGACGAGAUCAUUUCCUCACCACUGACCCCUUUUGGAGAGGUGGCUGUUCCUUCCUCUUUUGUUACAUGAAAUAAGACAAAAAGAUGGAUCUCUUUUUUUUUGUUUUGUUAAAAGCUAUAUCAAAGCAUUCUAUUAUAGUGUUAUUUAAUAUGUAAAUGGUAUUGCUAUACAUAAAAUAAAAUAUGGGUUUUGAUGUAA